AUGAAGCUUCGAACUAGUCUUCAAAAAUCUAAUUUUGAAACAGAUGCAUCACCGUCAACUGAAACUACAAGACCGAUUGCAGCUGCUCGUAGUAGAGCAAGUCGUGGCGUAAAACGUAGUGGUGUCAAUAAACAUUUCGUUGAUAGUGUGCCUAUUUUAGAAAUAACUGUUAGAUUUGAUGAAGAUGAGUACGACAUUUGGCGUCGACAAGACACUGAUGAAGUCAAUCUUUAUUAUUUAUUACGAGUUAAAUAUCCAAAAGAUGAGGAUGAAGAAAAAUGGGUACAAGAGCUUGAAAAAUUGAAAAAAGAGAUUGUCGAAAUUAAAAUUAUUGAAAAUGGAUGGUUUGAAGGUGUUUGGGUCCCACUUGAAGCAGCAAAGGACAUUGCAUCGAAAUAUGGAAUUUAUGAAUAUGUAGCAGCCUUAUUGGAAUCUGAGAAUAGUUGGUUCAACAACAACACAAAGAAAUAUACACGUUCAAAGAAUGGGCGUGAUAGUCUAAGAAGACAUACUACUACAAAUACUAAUACUACACAUAAAAGAAAAAUGAAUAAUGAAGAAUCUAUAAUUCCAGUCGCUAGUUCAAGUAAAUCUAAUAAUAGUCUUACUGAUGAAGAUGAGAAUGCUACUAAUAGGAACAGAAGAUCUUUAAGAAUUAAAUUAAGGUCAGAAGCAAAAAUUCAAUCAUCUAUCGAGAAUCAAGAAUCGUCAUCAACAGUUCGAGGUGAAUCUAGUAAUCGUAAAUCUAACAGCAACAAUAACGAUGACAACGAGAAUGAUGGAUCAGCAGAUUAUUCGGAAGAAGUAACCCAUAAUGUAACAACAGCACUGAAUGGUGACAAGGAAGAAAUUAAAGAACUUAAGAGAAAAUUGGAUGAUAGUGAAAAUGCUUUAAAUGAUAACAAUCAACCAAUCAGUAAAAGAAGAGCAAUUUGGGCAGGAAUUGGUGCAACUAUUGGUGCUGGUGUUGCUGCAAUAACUCUUAAUAGUACUGGAAUCACCGAGACAGUUUUGAGUUAUUUCAAUUAA